ACCAAAAAUAAAAUAAAAUUAAUCAUUGCUCACCAUUUUGUUUCGUCGUUCUCUGGUUCAACCCGCAUUGUCGUUUUGAGAAUUGACAUAAACAAAACGCACCAACUUCCCCUUUUGGAACUUUCGCGACCAUAUUUCUCCGAUCAAUUUUCCCGCGGUUUCUCUAACGUCCGGCGUCAUCUUCGAUUCUCCGACAACCGCAUAAAGAGUAGAAAAUUGUGAAGAAUGAGUAACGUGUUCGAGGGAUACGAACGCCAGUACUGUGAACUUUCUGCUAAUCUAUCAAAAAAGUGCACUGCAGCUACUGCUCUUAAUGGAGAGCAAAAGAAGCAAAAGGUUUCUGAAAUAAAGACUGGAAUUGAUGAAGCAGAAGCUCUGAUUCGAAAAAUGGACCUUGAGGCAAGAAGUUUGCAGCCAAAUAUCAAGGGUGUACUUCUUGCUAAGUUGCGAGAGUAUAAAUCUGAUCUAAACAACCUUAAAAGUGAAAUUAAGAAAAUUGUGUCUGGUAACUUGAAUCCUUCUGCCCGGGAUGAGUUGUUGGAAUCUGGCAUGGCAGAUGCUAUGACGGCAUCAGCUGAUCAGAAAACAAGAUUAAUGAUGUCAACUGAGAGAUUGAACAAGACUGGUGAAAGAGUUAAGGAUAGUAGGAGAACAAUGUUGGAAACCGAAGAGCUAGGUGUUUCUAUUCUCCAAGAUUUGCAUUCACAGCGACAAUCUCUAUUGCAUGCGCAUAACACGCUUCAUGGAGUGGAUGAUAACAUAGGCAAGAGCAAGAAAAUUUUAUCAAACAUGUCAAGAAGGAUGAACAAAAAUAAGUGGAUCAUUGGCUGCAUUGUCCUCGUCCUGGUUGUUGCUAUCAUCAUGAUCCUAUACUUCAAACUUGCUAAAUAGACCAAGUCCUACCUGUCUUCAUAAUGGUUCAUAAAUAUAUUAAGAUACAAUGAUUUCUUUUGUUUCCCCUUUUUUCUCUUUUCUUUUUCUUAUUCUGAUUUGGAGUGGGCAGAAAAAGAUGUUUGCUUUGUGCAGUGCUGCAAGCUAACUUGACGCUGUUGGUUUCUUUCAAGGGUCAGCAUUCGCAUCGGCAUGUGUCUUAUGCCGGGUUUGUAAUGUAAGGAAUUUGUAUUUUGUGACCAGUUGUUGCAUGAUUUUAACGACAAAACCGGAAUUCUUUGUGGCUAUUCAAAUUUAAAUGAUAUUUGCCU